CUUUAGUAGAUGAUAAAGCAUAAAAUGAUGUUGUCUGUUAUUAGGACAGAGUUAUGCAAAAAUCAAGAAAAACAUUUAAAAUACAUUUGUAAAAAGACGAUAUACCUCCUUUAUGCAGAUUAUUGAGCGAUUGCUUUUCACUUUUUAUACCCCACCCCUUCCCCCUUCUCCACUAUAAAGAAUCCUGGUUAUAGAUCUAGUACACCUUUUGUAGUGUAACUGAGUUGUUUAUAUUCUGCGUGUGUCCAGCGUGUCCGAAGGUCACGGUCAUGUCCAGUAUGUGUGUAUGUGUUCAUAGUAGUUACGCAAUGUCGUGUGAGAUGUGUUUGUGCUUGUUCACUGUCUACUGCAAACUUGUUGAAUAAAGGCUUGGUAUUGGUAGUCUAGUCGUUGGUAUUCCAUUACACCUUUUAAUAUUCCAAUGAUAAGCAUUUGGACCUAAACAAUGAGCAAAGUUUUCCUGAUUUAUUUCAUUAAUUUUAUUAAUUUAGUAAACUCUUGAAUUAAUAAAGUCUUCUAUUUGGAAAUUCCAGAGUGCGAUAGUCCUUUCAAAACCAAUGUAGGAUCUACACAUUUAUACCUAGAUUUAGUCUCUAUCCAAAUUUACAUUUAUUUACUUUGAAAAAUUAUAAUGGUAAAACCAGAGUUUUCCAACGAGCUAGUAAUUCUUUUCUCAGCGAUAUACAUCUAUUGUUAAAUUGCUUGGAAAAUCGUUAGAACUAUUUUUGUAAACUCAAAUUUGAAGGUUAAGUUUCAUUAAAUAAUGAAAUGAAUAGACACUAAUUUGUAUGUUCAUGUGUAAAAGUAAAAAAAAAUAUGUUUUCUUGAAUGAGAGCUAAUUUAGACCUAGAGAUUUUCACCUCUUCGCAUGCGUGACCUCUCUCUCCUGUCUCAUUAUGUAGAUAUGGCUGUGACCUAAGAUACUAAUACUUUCAUAGAGUUGGGCAACUUUUUUUUUUGAGGGACUUAAGUUUGUUUCAGGGCUACUAUACAUACGUUACGGUUCCAGUCAGUACCCAAGGAACGUUUCUUCCAAAUUUUAUCAAGAUUGGUCAAGCGGUUUUGAUUUCUGUACUGGACAUACAUACAUACACCUUACUUUCUACUUAAUAGUAUACAUGUCAUCAAUAAGAAAAACAUUUAUUUCAAGAAUAGAAUGAACUAUAGUUUCAUGAUGAAAGAUCAAGCCAUGCCUACCAGCUAUGUUCAAGGAAUAGGGUUACCCACAACAUUAGCGAAACGAAAUUAAUUAUACUUAUGAACGAAAAUAAUUUUAUGGUCAGGUCGCCACAUAGUGGGGUAUUGUAAAAAGGUCUCGCCGAGCUAAAAAGAUUGAGAACCGCUUCCCUAAUUCAAUUGUAAGUGGUACACACCUGCUCGAACACACAAACUCAUACUAAAAUUUGUAAAAAUGUUUGCUAAUUAUUUUUUUAUGAUUUGCUUCAUAACUUUCUCCCUUCCUCUCUCUCUCUUUAAUGACAUCAAAUAAGAGAAAGAAGAAAGAAAACCAGUGCAUUAAGUCAACAGAACUUAUACUUAAUAAAAAAAGGGGGUUUCCCGUACAGGUAAAAAUAAAUUUCCCCGUUUUUAUCAACCUUUUUUUUUUUAGAAAGGUCUGUUGUUUUUGAUUUGAUUCAUUUGUUUUCUAGCUAUCCAACAAACUUCUGUAUCAGUUGUUCAAUAGCAAUAUUUAAUACAGAUUUUAAUUUAACACAGCAUGUUAUCUAAUGGAUAGUUGACAUCAGAUCUGACCACGUGGAUUGUGUACUUCUUUUGUGAAUAAAUCGCCAAAUUAUUUAACAAGCAUCUUGUCCUUGUAUUUCUGGAUUGCAAUGUCAUUGCCUAAGACCAGUGACCUUGACCUUUUACUCAUUGGUAAAACUGGCAAUGGAAAGAGUGCCCUUGGUAACGCAAUAUUAAGGCGAAAGUGUUUUAAGUCAGUGCCCAGUACUAGCUCAGUUACCAAAGAAAUUGAUACUGAAGUAAGUGAGUUCGAAGGACGUAUUAUCAAAGUGGUGGAUGGGCCAGGGGUUGGCGACACUAGGAUGGACGAUCCAGAAUCCAAACAGCUGGUUGUCAACGCCAUGCACUUUGCUAUUGCCGCCAAUCCAAGAGGUUACCACGCGUUUUUAUUGGUCGUCAAAUUUGGUGGUAGAUUCACCUCUGAGGAUCAGGAUACGAUUACAUUUUUGAAGCAGGUUUUUGGACAAACAUUUGUGCAACAAUUCUGUAUUCUUGUCAUGACAUGUGGCGACAAUUUUGAGAAAGAAGUAUUGAACACAUCCUUCAAAGACUGGUGUCAAGGUCAAAGUGGAGUCUUCCUGGAACUUGUAAAGGAGUGCAACAACAGGGUUCUUUUAUUUGAUAACAGAAACGCAGACGAAGAAAAACAGGUGAAGCAGCUUAAGGAACUUAUUGAAAUGGUGGACCAUUUGAGGUCUCAAGGGCGAAGAUAUACGGACGAAAAUUUUAAAAGAGCCGCGAAAGAGCGCGAAAGACUGUUGCUUGGUGCCAAGAGACCAAUGAUCCAAGAAGAAACAAUGAGCAGUCUUAGUCUUAUUCUCCAAAAGCUUCAAAUUAUACAGUGUACUAUAGAGCCUGAGAAACGAAUUUCACAUCUCGAUGAAUUGUUUUUAAAGUGUGAGGACAUUCUUGAUAGUAUCAUUGAACAAGAUAAACAAACGGGAAUAUUCGAAGAUUUAAAACAGACCGUCAAAUCUGUCAUUGAAACAAUUUUUAGUGAGAUUAGUUUCUCGCAGCGUAUGAUUGAAGAAAAACAAAAAUUAAAAGAUAAAGAAGAAGAAAUGUCCAGAUUAUUCAAAGAGCAGCUUAAUCUCAUGGAAGAAGAAUAUAAAUAUCAGUUGGAACAAGACAGGAUUGAGCAAGACCGUAGACAACAGUUGAAAGAGGAGCAAGAAACAAUUAUACGCAGUAGACUGGAAGAACAAGAGACUCUUCAGCAGCGCAUCAAGGACAUUGAGAAGGAAGAAACAGCGAGACAGCUGGAGAAGAUCGCACAGCUAGAGGAGAAGUACAGAGAAGAGAAGAAGAAAAACGAAGAAGGAUUCUUCGGCAAAGUUGUUCAAUUUGUGUCCUGGCUUUUUAAUUGACCAAUAGGAGUUCUUUGCAAAUGUUUGAUGCAUAGAUAUGAAAAUCUCAACUGCCAUAUUCAAAUUUUUUAUUAAUAAUUUUACAAAAAAUAAUUUGCUUGUCACUGUCGGAUCCAGGGAUCGGGGGUCGGUAGGGACGAUUGCCCAUCUUCACUGUCGAAUUUUAGUUGAGAAAUCACAAAAUUUGUAUAAGAAUUCUUUACUUGUAUAUUAUAUAUAUACACACUAAUUAUUUAUAUUUAAAACAAAUAGAUCAUGUUGGUCACCCCACAUCUAGUAUGUAGGCCGAUUUAGAGGGAUGAGGAAUAAAUUCAUAUAUAUAUAAUAAUAAUAAUAAUAAUAAUAAUAAUAUUAACCUUUUUAUCCGUAAGGAAAUUUGUCUUACAAUUUGUGCAUUACACCAUAUAUAUAUAUAUAUAUAUAUAUAUAUAUAUAUAUAUAUAUAUAUAUAUAUAUAUAUAUAUAUGCUGUGUAAAUGUUUAUGCAUAGGGUUAGGGUUUACUGGGGCGUUAGGGUUAGGGUUUAGAAAAAAAAUCGACCCUCCACCUCAAAAUGUCUGAAUCCGUCAGUGUUGCUUGUGUUUAUGAAUGGCUGAUAGAUGAAGAUUGAUAUUGACCGAAGAUUGACAUUGACCGAAGAUUGAUAUUGACCGAAGUGCAAAAUAAAAUAUUAUUAUAAUAAAUUCAAGUAAACAAUCAGGUCAAGCUUUAUAUAUUUGUUAUCUGAAUCUAGAUUAUAUGCAGAACCUCUACACCAAGUGGAAUGUGAAAGUUAUGUGUGUACGUUCAAUUCCUUAUGCAGUAAUGCUAACAAUAGAUUGAUACUGCCUUCGUUUCUAAGCUGGGGUCAGCGUCCAGAAUAAAAUUAAAAUUAGCAAAAAGAAUUAAAAGUGCAUCUAUUAAAUGUCCAACGUGUUCUGUAUAGAUUUAGUUGUAAAAUUUGGAAGCUUUUUAUCUGGACGUCUCUAAACAAGAAUAAGAAAAACAUAAAGAAAUAUUUUUUAAAAAAACUUCCUUUAUACAUCUGAGUGAGCGAUUAGUUUUCUCGUAAUAACUAAUGAAACAACGAAAAUGGAGCAUUAUCCACUUCUCCGACAACAAAAAAUCAUUGUUAAUUAAGUGAAUGUAUAAAUCUAAUAGACUUUCUUAUGGUCCAACAGUUACACCGCAUUGGGCAGGUAUCCCGUAUGGGGGACGAACGUAUGCUAAAAGCAGUAACGGUCCCAAUUUAAAGACCUGCUUAGGCACCAACUUGAUUUAACUGACAUAGAAUAGAGCACUUGGGUGCAUGCGGCUUCAGAACGAGAUAGCUGGAGGUCACUUGCAAAGGCCACGGGAUACACAUUUGAGACCAAAAGAAAAUCCGCUGCCGAGGACAAACGUAGGCGGCGAAAAGAAAAUCUAAAUCGACAACCGGCAGACAAUCGUUAUGCCUGCGCUAGUGUGGCAAAAUAUGUAGGACACAGCUGGGGCUGUGUAGCCACGGGAAAUACUGCAUUCCUCACUAAUUUCUGACUCAAAUACAAGCCUUAAUGCCUAAUUAUUAUUAUUUGUAACUAAACAGAUAUUACCCGCGCCCACUUUCGAUAUAGUCACUGAGAAUGUUUUGGAAACAAUUAAACGUAAUAAUAAUGCUAUAAGAAAGCGAAUGCUUGAUUUAAAAAAAAAAUAGUAUGAAUGGAGCUAUCAAAAUAGUUAAUCGACCUAGAUGUAAAUCCAUUUUUUUUUAUAAAAACAUUUGCUUGUAGGUCUACAUAUAUUUAGAUCUAGAGUCUAGAUACUAUUAUAAUAGAUGUAGACCUACUAUUUUAAGAGUGAAUUCAAUGGCUCAAGAAGCUUAUUAAUUAUUGUAUGUUAGUAUAUUUAAUAUCCCCAUAUAGAGCCUCAUGAA